CUCAAUCAGGAAGUGGAGAAAACAACUAAGAAGAAUAAGUUGGAUAAAAUUCCUUAUUUCUGUUACUUUGACGCGAGUCUUCGUUCAAAAGCAGGCCGUUGGCUCGAGGUUUGGAUUGAGAAUAAGUAACACAUUCACGGUCAUGGAGAAUUUUUUCCCUUGUUAGAAGUGCUAUCUUGAUUACAGCCAGCACGUGGGUGGCGGUCGGGGGGUGCACAGCCUAAGUCAGCUAAUGGUCAUGUGUGAAGCUGUGGUCUGAUGCCCAUCCUCCCCUCAGCGCUGGCCAUGGACGGGGAGAACUACCUGCAUCCAGAAGGCCCUCAGCUGGACAGCAGCUUGUUCUCUGUGGCCUCCUCUAACAUGGAGAGUUCAAUAUAUGCCUCCUCUGGUUCCUGGGGAUCCUACUCUCAGCAGGCUGGAUACAGCAUACACUGCCCUAUGCAAUCUGGAAACCAGCAAUACCACUUGAACAGCAGCACUACCACCACCACUCCGGAUGUGCACAUGGACAUGUACUCUGGAUUCCCUGAUGUGGACUCCUUCAGCCUCAACCUCCCUAGGAAUGGAGAUUUCCCCCAGGACCUGUCCUGCAUUGAUGACCUCUCCACAAACUCUCUGUUCUCCUCUCCGGCUGACUCACUGUCGGAGUAUGCUGAUGCCCAGUCCUUCAUCAGCGCAGACAACCUGGACACAGUGCCCACCCUCUGGGACAUCAACACUAGUACCACCACCACCACACCAGCACAGAGCCAGCUAGAGCUGAAUGGCACCGGCAGGUUUCAUGGCUUGGCCAGUUUGGAUGAUAUAACUGCUAUUAUCAGCACCCCACCUUUAGGAGGAUUCCAGGCUCAGAGAACCCAGCCGCCACCAGAGGAAGAAGAGGAUGCUGAGGAAGAGGAGACAGAGGAACUGGGACAUGUAGACACAUAUGCUGAGUACAGACCUUCCAAAUCCACUAUAGGAAUUUCUCAUCCUGACAUAGUGGUGGAGACCAACACGCUUUCCAGUGUCCCUCCUCCCGACAUCACAUACACUCUGUCUAUCCCUGAGACAACUAUUAGCUGUGGCCUGCUGUCCGCUCUGCAGCUAGAGGCCAUCAUCUACGCCUGCCAGCAACACGAGGUUAUUCUUCAGAACAACCAGAGGGCAGGCUUCCUGAUUGGAGAUGGGGCAGGGGUCGGAAAAGGGCGCACCGUGGCAGGAAUCAUCCUGGAGAACUACCUUAAGGGACGGAAGAAAGCACUAUGGUUCAGCAUAUCCAAUGACCUGAAAUUUGAUGCAGAGAGAGAUCUCAAAGACAUAGAUGCGCCGAAUAUUCCUGUGCAUGCCUUAAACAAGAUAAAGUAUGGAGACACAGCUACCUCAGAAGGAGUCCUGUUUGCAACGUACUCUGCGCUGAUUGGAGAGAGCCAGGCAGGAGGGCAACACCGGACGAGAAUUAAACAGAUCCUAGACUGGUGCAAGCCAGACUUCGACGGAGUUAUUAUUUUUGAUGAAUGCCACAAAGCCAAGAAUGCCACAUCUACAAAGAUGGGCAAGGCAGUGCUUGACUUGCAAAACAAGCUGCCACGGGCCAGAGUGGUGUACGCCAGUGCCACAGGUGCCUCUGAGCCAAAGAACAUGAUCUACAUGAGCCGCCUGGGAAUCUGGGGUGAGGGCACACCCUUCAGAACUUUUGAUGACUUCCUGCACGCCAUCGAGAAGAGAGGUGUUGGUGCCAUGGAGAUUGUUGCCAUGGACAUGAAAGUGAGCGGGAUGUACAUCGCCAGGCAGCUGAGUUUCUCAGGGGUGUCUUUCCGCAUUGAAGAGAUCGGACUGGACAGCGACUUUAAACUGGUCUAUAACAAAGCUGCCAAACUGUGGGCAGAGGCGCUGCAGGUGUUCAUGCGCGCAGCUGAUGAGCUGGGCCUGGUCAGCAGGAAGUCGCUGUGGGGGCAGUUCUGGUCGUCUCACCAGCGCUUCUUCAAAUACCUCUGCAUCGCUGCCAAGGUCCGCUGCUUGGUAGAGCUGGCCCAAAAAGAGCUGGUGGCUGGAAAGUGCAUCGUUAUUGGCCUGCAGUCUACUGGCGAGUCCCGCACCAGAGAAGUCCUGGAUGAGAAUGACGGGCAUCUCGACAGAUUUGUUUCUGCUGCAGAGGGAGUAUUCCAGUCUCUUGUAACAAAACAUUUCCCAUCAGAGAAGCAGAGGAGGGAGAAGGCACCUGGGAAUAAGAGAAAAAGGAAGCCUAGAGGUCGCCAACCCAAGGUAGCCAAGCACACUGUGGAUAGCGGUGGUGUAAUCAACAUCAGUGAUGACAGCAGUAGUGACUCCGAUGGCAUGGACACGGACUCCAACUCCUCGCCAGACUCCCUGCUAGACAACGAUGAUGUCAUCUUUGUGAACCACACUAGCUGCCAGACAGCCAGGAUAGAGGAGAUGAAGCAGGGCCUCCUUAACAAAAUAUCCGUACUGGGAAAAGAACUACCUCUCAAUACUUUGGAUGAGCUCAUCGAUAAGUUUGGCGGACCAGAUAAAGUUUCAGAGAUGACUGGCCGUAAGGGUCGGGUGGUACGGCGUCCUGACGGCAGCGUUCGUUAUGAGUCACGGGCUGAGCAGGGUCUUACCAUCGACCACAUUAACAUCAAGGAGAAAGAUCGCUUCAUGAGUGGAGAGAAGUUGGUGGCCAUCAUCUCAGAGGCAGCCAGCUCUGGGAUUUCCCUGCAGGCAGACAAGCGAGUGAAGAACCAGAGGCGCAGGGUCCACAUGACCUUGGAGCUGCCUUGGAGUGCAGACAGGGCCAUUCAGCAGUUUGGUCGCACCCAUCGAUCCAAUCAGGUGACCGCCCCAGAAUACAUCUUCCUCAUCUCAGAGUUGGCUGGGGAGAGACGUUUUGCCUCCAUUGUGGCUAAGAGACUAGAGAGUUUGGGUGCAUUAACCCAUGGAGACAGAAGGGCCACAGAAUCGAGAGACCUGAGCAAGUACAAUUUUGAGAACAAGUAUGGUACCAAGGCUCUUGACAAAAUCACCAAAGCAAUCCUUGGCCACAUAGAGAACAAGGUGCCCCCUCCCAAAGGCUACCCUGGGGGUGAAGCCAUGUUCUUCAGAGACAUGAAACUUGGAAUGAUGGAUGUGGGCAUAUUUUGUAAGGAGCCUCGUUUUGGGAUCAGUACUGAGAAAGACUGCAGCAUCACCAAGUUCUUAAAUCGCAUCCUGGGCUUGGAGGUCCACAAGCAGAACUAUCUCUUCCAGUACUUCACUGACAACUUUGACUACCUAAUCGAGAAGGAUAAGAAAGAGGGCAAAUACGACAUGGGAAUCUUAGACCUUGCCCCAGGUAACGAUGAGAUCUAUGAGGAGAAGCAGGAAACUUUCUUGACAGUUGGAAACCCUCAGGAUGGACAGGUGGUUCUCUAUAAGAUCAGUGUGGACAGAGGUAUGCCCUGGAAUGAGGCCUACAACAAGUCACUGAAGCUCAGUGGUCCUGACGAGGGAUUCUACCUAUCUCAGAAGCUGCGAGGUAACCACCCAUGUGUGCUGCUAGCUGAGCAAGGUAGAGGCAAGAACCUCAUUGUCUACAAGCCCAACAUUGGCAAACAGGCCCACCCUGAGAGCCUGGACAACCUGCAGCAACGUUAUCGGAAGGUGACUCCAGAGGAAGCAAAGGACAGCUGGGAGAACCAGUUCACCUUCUCCUUCAAGAAGUGUAGCCAUGCCAACUGGAAUGGGAAGUGUAAGAAAAUUGAGGAAGGCCAGGAGUGUCUGCAGGGCAUGCGUCUCCGUCAGUACCACAUGUUGUGUGGUGCUCUGUUGCGUGUGUGGAAGCGCGUAUCCGACGUGGUGUCUGACAUCACCAGCUCCAGCAUCCUGCAGAUUGUCCGCCUUAAAACCAAGCAGCAUAACAAGCAAGUCGGUAUCAAGAUCCCAGAGAACUGCGUGGCGCGUGUGCGGGACGAGCUGUUGCAAAUGGACGAGGAGGUGAAGAGGAGACGAAAGGAGCGUGAGCAGCAGGCUGUGGAGCAGCGACUGGCCGAGGAGCGCAUGCGUAAAAUGGAGCAGGAGAACAAACACCUCCUGGCAAAUCUGUUCAACCAGAAACCCAUAAUCAACCAGUCCCUCACUCAGUCUAUCGCCCAGAAUCAGAUCCUCAAACAGAAACUGAACCAAAACGCUCUACAAAGGACACAAAGUGGGAGUAUCUCUCAGCUGCAGAGGAUGCAAGCUCAGACCCAGUCCACCUUACAGCAGCCCUCCCAGAACAUAACCAUGUUGUCCUUACAGAGAAAUCCCAGCCAAACCCAGCAAAGGACCCAUAACAGCUGGCCCAACAAUUCCACCACCACCAACCAGGGCCCUCUGCCCAACAUGAUUAACCUCACCUCUAGUUUGUCACAGUUUUACCCCCAGUCCUUUUUACCCCCUUUUCCACAGCCGAAGAACUCGUCUUUUUCACUCGAUCAGACCACAUUGUCUCCCAGCUUGUCCUCUAAGAACACCCUGGAUGAGAUCUUGGACCUGACUGCGAGUUCGCCAUCCCCCUCCCCAGACACCACGGAGGGCGGACUGAAUCUGGACAGUCUAACGAGACACUCUACAGCAUUCGGAGAUGACUUUAAUCUAGAGCAUCUGAUCUCUCAGAAUGCACCAACUGCCCAGCGCGCUGCACACAUGCAGCAGCCUCAUUUGCUCCAGCAGCAGCAGCAGCAGCACCUGCAGGCAACACAGCAGCAGAACCACACCCUGCUGGCCAAUAACCACCAAGACUUGUUAGAUUUCCUUGACUUGCCCUCGUCUCCCCAGAUGUCCACACAGAAAACCAGCCCUUCAUCCUCUACCUCCUCCGGCUCUUCCUCCACGUCCUCCACCUCUUCUGUGUCAAACAGCCUGGUUUCACACAUCCCUGUCAGCCUCCUGUCCGCGUCCUCUCUCAUCCCAUCAUCGUCCUCCUCUUCGCUCUUCCCCAGCCCGUCCUCGUCCUCCUCUCUGUUUUCCAACUCUCCCUCUCACUUCCCUUCCCCCUAUCUCCUCUCCCAGUCGGACUCUCUUUCCUUACCCAACGGCCACUGCAGCGCCACCACCCUUGACGUCCGCGAGGCUCUGAACAGCAUGCUACAGGCCGGACCGGACCGCAAGUCUGUCAUUCAGUACCGGCAGCAAGACUAAGAGCUUAAACAGCAAUGGCUCGUCUGGACUUUUCUUUAGGUAUUUUUUGUUUUCUCUUUUAAAGCAGAUUGUGUCUUGUUCGCUGCUGUCUGUGAUCACACCCUCGGACCCGUUCCCUCUCCCCUCAGGGCCCAUAGUCACGUCACUGCCUGUCCUGCGCUCCGCUCACCCUUCUCUCUGUCCACCUGUAGCAUUCACCUGCUCGAGGCUGUCGAGGUGAUAGCGGGCUCGAUCAAUAUCAGAUUUCUGCACCAAAGUGUGUCCUCCACAGUGAAAGGCAGCUGUAAUACGGAAAAGUGAAAAAAAAAACCCACAUGUGAUAACCUGUAUUUUAUGGAACGUACGAGCUGUAAAACAAAAGCUUGUUCAUUGACGUGUGGAAAAUCUUUAACAAACCUCCCGCUGCUGAUUUUACGAGGUAUCGUUGGUGAAGUCGCUGGAAGCUCUAAAUGCCUUUCACCAGUUAAAACCGCAUCUUUAGACUUUGCUUUACUGUUACUUUGUUCCAUGGCUGUUUGUCUCGACUAAAACAAGGCUGUACGCAAAGCUUGGUUUGAGUGAAACAAAAGAUAGCGUUGAACUGGAAGAUGAGGAAAAAACAAAACCCAGAUGAAAUCUUUUAGUUGAUUAGCCAUGAAAUGCCUCAGUUUUCCUUUUUUUUUUCUCUUUGAUAUGCUCCCUCUUGUUUCUCUCCCUGCUUGUAUGAACACUAGUGUGAGGAAAAAGGGAGAGGAAGACCAGUCUGCUGUUGCAAACAGUGCCUUUGGAGAAAUCUAUAAAUGCAGUCUUUAAAAAUCCAUGUAGCCUGAUGUAUAGAUUUGUACUCUUGAGCAUUGGUUUUGAUUUUAAUUUAAAUAUAUUUGUAUUUAACGUUUAGCCCCCUCAGUCAGUCAGUUGUUUGUGUUACACUAUGCUGGUGGUGGGUUUCAGGAAGAGUCCUCCAUUAAGCCUGUAUGUGCUCGUAUGAUUGUCUGUGUAGCUGUUCUUAAAACAAGAGCGAUGGACUUGUCCUUUUUUCUGUGUCCUUCUGUCCCUGACGAUACGACAGCGUGCCUCGGGGUCAGCACGGCACAGAUAAUUGAGCGUCAUGAAGAAAAAUUGUGUCGAAAAGAAUUUGAUCAGCCCCUCCCCCUUUUUUUAAGCUGACAAUAACAUUUAGUGAUGUGACUCCUGGUUUGAUUUGAUUUUGAAUUUCUCAGGAAAGUCUCGAGUGCGUUGUUGUUGUUUUUUUGUUUUUGUGUCAUUUUGACCAACACAGAUAUGAAAAUUUGUUUUAAGUCUUCAAUUUCAGUGGAUAACAGAGGAUUUCAAGUUUUUAUUGUCUUGAGGUCUGAAAAGAAAAUCGUGUUUUCAACAGAAGCAGCCCAUUAAUAUCAAUAAUAGUCAGGCUGAGACAGAUUACUCAUGAAAUGUGUUUCCAUUUCAGGCAUCGAGGCUAUAAAAACAUUUGAAAGCUUGUAGACUUGUGAUGUUCACUGUGUGUGAUAGUACAUAUUUAAAAACCUGUGAGAUCUGGCCAUCUUUGUGUGAGAAGGAUGCACUGUAGUUGGUUCAGACAAAAAUGCCGGGAUAAGUUCAAGUGAUUAAAAAGCAAUAAAACCAUAUUCUCCAUUUGUUAUGAAACAUAAAUGCCUAAGUACUGUUUACGCUCAACAGGCAAAGCUUUGUGGUUACUUUUGCAUGGUAUGAAUCUUCUUAUUUCUGUUGUGCUUCAUAGUAUUUUAGUUAAACAGAUUCUGAAAUGCAUACAACCUUUGUAUAGUAAGUUUUCACGGGAUGAACGCAAUGCGUUCUUGAUGUUUUAGUCAUCGUUAUUAUAAAACUUAUUGUUAUUUAUAUUUAAGGGAUAUUUAGAUUUUAGAUAUGUUAUCCUGCUUAUUAGAGUAGUUAACGAAAUGUUUGGUCAGGGAAGUCUCUAGUUUUCAAGAUUACUAUAAAACAAAUUCUAUUAUAACCUGCCACCAAAUAAGAUUGCACUGUUCUGUACUGCUGUACAGUGUCUGGAUUUAUUUCUGCUCAUUUCAGUUUUGUUUUUCUCAAGUAGAAUUGUUUCUCCAACUUGUAGACCUUUGUCAGGCCUUCAGUUUGCAGAGAGAUACCAAAGUGUUCCAUAGACACCCCUAAAGUUACUGGCUCUAAGAUAUCAGAACUUUUAUCAAUCUCAGGAAGAAACCUACAAGAGGUGUAAUGGCGGGGCGUUAGCAGAAAUAUAUCAUUUCCCCUUAUAACAGUGGUGAAACUAACCAGUACAUGUGCUAUUUUUUUCUUAACUCUGUGCUGUGACUCUUGCUGUAUUUAUGUUUUAGACUUAAUGUGAUGGGUUUUGUCGUUUGUCCUUGUGAACAUGUCAGUGAUUUUAAAUGUUUAUGCCUUCUUAGGGUGAAGAUCAAAGGCUGUUUCUUUUUAAGGAACAUUAUUUCUCUAUGGACAGUUUUAUUUCAAUUUGUGUUGCAGUUGUUGGACAUUUAAUUCAUCUUAAAGCUGACAGAUUUUUUAGUCGAUUCGCACCUGGCUUAUAGUGAAACGUGCAAUUGAUCUGUCCAAGCCUUCACCCUUCCCUCAGUGCAACAGACAUUUAGGUUUCCACUGACUCACAGUACCCCAGAUUCUUGUUAACGCUUCGUUUUUUAAUUUGCAGCAUCUACUAGAGCAUGUUUUCCUCGUACCUACAUUAAUUUUGCUUUUAAUAUUCCACAUCAGGCACAUUCCGAGACAUCAGUCUGCAAAAGAUUUGCCUUCAUUUUUGUGUUUUAUAGUCACACAAAUAAAGCUUUAUGCAUUUGAGGGACAUGGACCGCAUUUUUAGGAGGAAAAAAAAAGCUUUUUUUAAAUAAUAAUUCUUAAUUAGUGUAGUUAGGCCUUUUAUCAUUAUCAUUUUGCACUAAGAAUGGCAUAAUCAAGUUACUGUUCUCUGGUUGGUUAUGAUUGAACGUUGCAAGCCUGUUGUGUUUCUGAUCUUUGAUGGAUAGGUCUGUGUAUACUGUAACCAUCUCUCUCGUUUCUCCACCGUUUGCAUAUUAUAUGUUAUCAAUGUUAUCACUCUCAAAUAAUUUAUUGCUAACAAAAAAAUGAAACAAAAAACAUGCUACUGAUUGUAUGUAUUUUUAAACAAAGCCUAUUUUUUCUGUAAAAAAGAAACUGUGUUCAGCACUUUUAUUCUGGGUUGUGCUUUUGUUUUCUAUAUAUUUAUAAUUUAGAUCCAAAUGUAUAUAUUGUAAAAUUUGUGCCUUUCGACUAAUUCUUUAAAAAGGUUUUCUACUCAUUUAAGGAAGGACUAUAUGAAAUUGCAAUCUUAACUUUGUAAACAAAUAAAAACUUGA